UGUCUCGGAGAAACAGCGAAUAGCAGUCAGUGUCAUUCUGAAGUGAGAGGAGGUUACACGCACAUUUCAGGGGCGAAUAUUCUUGACUGGUCCCCCUUUUUUCUUCUUUCAGAAAAUGAGGAUCAACACGCCUACAGGACAGGUGGCAGUGGGCGUGGGGGUCGGUGUGGGCGCCUUGGUGGCCUGGUGGGCGUGGCGUCGGACAACGGCUAACCAGCUUCCGACGAAAUGGGAGGAAGUGGGCGUGGUUUCGAAGCUCAAUGUUUACCCGCUGAAGUCUGGGCGACCAGUGUCCGCCUCGGAGGCAGACGCGACGGAACGAGGCCUCUCCGUGAACGGCGCUCUUGACAGGUCGUUCCUGGUCAUGAAGAAGGACGGGCCGCUGCUGACAGGUCGCCAGGUCCCCAAGCUGACCCGAGUCACCAUCAGUUUCAAAGGUCAUUCGGUGACCUUCGAGAGCCCGGACAACCCAGCUGGCCCGAUCGAGGUCGACCUUGAGAAGGUGGCUAAGGAGGCGAAGGUGGUCGAGCUCAUUGUCUUCGGGGCCAACGCCAAAGGUCUCGACUGCGGCGAUGAGGUGGCUGCAUGGAUGAGCCAAGCGAUCUCAGCUGGAGACACCGAAGUUCGACUCCUGUACAACGGCGAGGACCCCCUGACCCAGCGCAGCGCCAGGCGGGCUCCUUACUACGACUUCAGGCACAUCCGGGACUCCGAUAAGGUGACUUAUGCUGACACCUGUGCAUAUAUGUUAGCUUCGGAAUCAUCCCUUGCCGACCUGAAUACCCGCCUGGCAGAACCUGUCACGAUCGACUGGUUCCGUGCCAACGUUGUGGUCAAGGGCUCAGCGGCAUACGAUGAGGACGACUGGGCCUUCGUCAGGAUCGGAGGGGAAGGCGAAGAAAGCGUGGUGCUGAGGAGGCUGAAGCCCUGUGAUCGGUGCAUAUUCACGACUGUAGAUCCUUACAAAGGGUGUAAGACAUCUGAUCAGGAGCCUAUGGCAACACUAAGGAAGUACCGCCUCUUAGACGGCCCAGAGAAGCUGGCCAAGGCAUGGGCCAUCAAGCCCGUGUUCGGGUCCCACAUGGGCAUCGACGUGUGUGGAAAGGUCAAGGUCGGGGACAAGGUUUGGGUGGCCAGAGCCUCGUCCAACCCCAAGUGGAACUUCUAAGGAACUGCAGAGGUGGCACUCUCGCGGAGGCACUCUUUGGGUGGGAGAAGGAGAACACGGGGAGAGCCAUCAAGAACGGAUGAACGACAAGUGUAACCGUAUCUUUUAGUUUCUCUGAGUGUUGUUUUCAGAGAGAGAGAAAGUGUCCUUGGGAGAGAACCCAAAGAUAGUUUCACUUAUGCAGAUAGUAUAUAGUAUAGGACGACCUAUUUUCGACCUAGUUGCUUUGGCUGGAUUUCUGUCGUUCGUCCAUUUAGAAAGCCAAGGUUGAAAGCAAUGAAAUUCAAACGAAAGCAGUAAUUUUGGAGUGUUUUAUCGCGCAUUACAAUAAACGUAAUUUCCCACAAUGACAUCACAAGCGCUCUUUCGACCAGCAAUAGAAAACUGCAAAAAGUCUUCAGUUCGAAAACCAAAUGUUGCCACAUCUUUCCCAGAAUAAAUUUAGCGACAGGAAGAGAAAUGGGACACAGUCAUCGAAACAAAGCAAAAUAAGAAAAAAACAAAACAAGAAGAACGGUUAUUUUUCUCACAACCACAACCAGUGUCUGGCUGAACCCCAAUCCCUGUCAAUCAAGGUAAUAACUGCGUAAUCUGUGGCUAAUGGAAUAGUAGCUUCAAAUAAGGCGGAACUGGAGCUCUGACAACGUUUGGAAAGCCACUGUUAAAGUACUGAACAUAAACGAAAAUAUAGUAAUAAUAAUGAAGAUAAAAGGGACAAGAUUUGGAAGAGAAGACAACCUGAGGCCAAGAGAACGCGGAGAUGGGAGACUAUUUUAAAUUGUUUGAAAACUAACAGAGAAAAUGAGGGAAAGUCGUUGCUUUUUCUCCUUCCUUUUCCAUUUUUGCCUUCUAUUUUUUCUUGUAAUUGAUUUUAUUUUCAUUUUAGUGUAUGUGUUUAAUUUCGAUAUGAAUGCCUUCUACAGUGCCUGAUGAUGUUACGUUAUUGUUGGCUGUCAAUAAAGAGAAACCGUAG